AUGUCGCCCCCGUCAUUGCAAACGCCGCUUUCGAAGCUGCUGGGCAUCCAGUACCCAAUAAUACUCGCCGGCAUGGCGCGCACAUCUGGUGGUCCCCUCGCGGCUGCCGUAUCAAACGCUGGCGGCCUGGGCGUGAUUGGAGGUCUAGGAUACACCCCUGAACAGCUUCAAUCCAUCAUCGACGACCUCAAGUCAAACCUCCGAGACAAGAACUUGCCGUUCGGUGUCGACCUCGCGCUUCCACAAGUCGGUGGUAGCGCACGAAAGACGAACCAUGACUACACACAUGGACAGCUCGACGAUCUCAUCGAAGUCACAAUCAAGAAUGGCGCGAAGCUGUUCGUCAGCGCUGUUGGUGUACCACCCGAGCGAACGAUCAAGAGGCUGCACGAAGCAGGCAUUCUGAUUAUGAACAUGGUCGGACACCCCAAGCACGCGAAGAAGGCACUAGAUGCAGGUGUGGAUAUUGUAUGCGCUCAGGGUGGAGAAGGCGGAGGACAUACCGGGGACAUCGCGAACAGCAUCCUGAUUCCAUCCGUCGUGGACAUCGCACGCAAAUACAAGAGCCCCCUCACAGGUCAACCAGCCAUGGUAGUGGCAGCAGGAGGAAUCUACAACGGCCGCAGCCUGGCAAGCAGUUUGAUGCAAGGCGCACAGGGUGUGUGGGUUGGUACACGCUUCGUCGCGUCCACUGAGGCCGGCUGCUCGCAAAUGCACAAGGAAAAUGUAGUUACUGCCGACUUUACAGACACAGGCCGGACACUAGUUGUCAGUGGCCGACCAUUGCGCGUCAAGUACAACGAAUACAUCAAAGAGUGGCAUGAGCGCGAGGACGAGAUCAAGAAGCUGACGGAUGCGGGUAUUGUGCCGCUGGCGAAGGACAUGGACGAUGGGAAGGAUGUGGAUAUUCCGUUCUUGAUGGGCCAGGUUGCGGGGGUAAUCGGCGAUAUUAAGCCUGCAAAGGAAAUUGUGGACGAGAUGGUGCAAGAGGCCGUCGACAUGCUGAGGCUAGGGCAGACAUAUAUCGGAGGGCCGAGUAGUAAACUGUAG